CAAGGUAAUUGUUGUUUAAAUGCUCUCAAAAGUAUAAACAUCAGAAAUAUUAGAAUUUUGGUUUCCAUGUCAGAUUACAGAUAUGUACAGCUGACCAUGGGUUCAAGAAAAUUUGAGUACAGAGACCUGUUUGGACAGAUUUAUGAAGGGGCUUGGAUCCCUUUUCGUGAAACUGUAGUUUUUAAAUUAGAUUCAGAGAAUAAGAUGGACCAAUGUCUGAAUCACAAUAUCAGGAUUGCAUACAACAAUUAUGAACCCAUGUUGAAAUAUAAUGACAAUAAGUUAGACCUUGCUACAUAUGAAGGAUAUUUUCUACAUGCUUUUAUUGAAAGAUAUGAAUUAAUGACAGAGUUUAUUUUUGCUAAUGAUUCAUGGGGAGUAAAAAAUACCUCAACAGGAACCUGGCCCUUUGGUGUAGUGUCACUGGUUGGUUUUGGCCAUGCAGACCUUGGAACGGGUUUCAUAUCUUAUUCUUCAGAAAGGCUUGAAUUGAUAUCUUAUACACAUCCAGUUGGACUUGACGAUGUUCGCUGGAUAACUAAGUUCCCUGGGAAGAAGUCUCCAAUGAACAACAUAAUUAAGGUCUUUGAUAGAUAUACUUGGAUAGGUAUUAUAGUAAGCACUGUAACAGCCAGCAUUGUUCUUUUGGGUGUUGUGAAUAUAUUACGCAAUCUUGGAUUUAAGCAGCCAGACAACAUAAGUGCUGCACUUAUACCCUUGAGUCUAAUGAAUGCUGAGCCAAUGCCUGAUUGGUUUCUGGUAUCAACAACGCGAGUUUAUUCUGGGAGUAUCCUUAUGUUGGUUUGGGGGCUUUGCUCUGCUGUUCUGACAUACGCCUUUUCUGGAAAUUUAAGAGCGAUGGUUCUUACUCCAGCCUUUGAAACUCCAAUUGAUACUGCUCAACAAAUUGUUGAAAACAAUCUGAUGGCUCAAAUGGGUCCAACCGAUCUUGUAUACAGUAUUCUUAAUUCCUCAAGUAAUCCCUGGCAAGUUGCAGUUCUUGAUAACACUAUACCUUGGACAGAUUGGUCAGAAAGGAUAGAAAUGACACAGUCUGGAGUUGUUGUUACUUAUGGUACAGAGGAUUAUUUCCUGAACAGUGUUAAGAAAGAUCCAACUUUAUCAAAGAUGAAAUCUCCGGUUUUCUAUGUAAGUAAGGAGGCAAUAAGAGUGUAUUAUGCAGGGUGGAUUUUGCAAAAAAACUCAAAAUGGCAAAACUUCUUAGAUAAUCAUAUUCUUAUUUGUAAUCAGGCUGGAUUUAGUGUAAAGAUUAAAAACUAUUUAAGAGAAGUUACAGAUGAAGAUAAUAAUUCACAAUCACAAGGGGAGAAAAUGAGAGUUGAACAUGUUGCAGUAGCUUUUAUCAUUCUUGGAAUAGGAUUAAUUUGUUCCACCUUAGGGAUGGAUUUUUUAGAUUGA